GCUUUUUCAUGUCUCUAAUGAAUUCAGAGAGUAACAUCAAUAUACAGAUAUGUUUGGCAUGUUUUUCGGCUGGUCCAAAGCUUCCAAAUGCAAGAGGACGAUCAAAAGAGCCCGGUACCGCCUCGGCCUACUCAAGAACAAGAGGCUUGCAAUAGCCAGGCAACUGCGAAAGGACUUGGCAGAGCUAAUACAAGGUGGCCAUGAAGAAACUGCACUGAACAGGGUUGGGCAGCUUAUAGGAGAUGAAAGCCUAGUUUCUGCAUAUGAAUUGUUAGAUCAGUUCUGUGAAUUUAUACUUAAACAAUUAUCCUAUAUUAGGAGGCACAGGGACUGUCCAAAUGACAUUAAUGAAGCAGUUUCUAGCCUUAUAUUUGCUUCAGCAAGAUGUGGGGAACUUCCCGAGCUUGUUAUCAUCAGGAACCUCUUUGGACAGCGUUAUGGUGAGAGAUUUGCAACUACAGCUGUGGAGCUAUUUCCUGGGAAUCUUGUGAACAAACAAUUGAAAGAGAAGCUGUCUGUAAAGUCUGUGCCGGAUGAAUCUAAGUACAGAAUGUUGGAUGAAAUAGCUAGAGAUAACUGCCUCCAACAAGAGGUCUUAGCUAUAGAAUACUACCACCCCCUUUGGCAACAAGUGCAGAUGAAAGAAGAUAAAGGGUAUCAACUAGUGGAAAGUGAUGCCCACAAAAUUGAUUCAAUUACAGGAUCUAAAGUCUACCCUUCGGAGAUUGAAGAGAAGAAAAGAGACAUGACAUGUGCUAAUUCAUUCAACUCCAAACCAAGUGAUUCUUCUCUUCCAGAAUCUGCUUCUGCGAUGGUGCCUGUUGUUCAGCAAUAUCACCCAUAUAUCGUGAGUUUUCCUUUGGAAAAGGAAGUAGCAAAGAUAGACUUUCCGGAGCUACUUUCUUCUAUAGAUUUUGAUACGCAAAACAAGGGUGAAAGAUUGGCUUUAACAUGUUCUUCACGAAGCGCAAGUUUCCCUCCGUGUCCUGAAGAAAUGGUACAAUAUGUGGAUGACAUGGAGGAGUUUUCUGAAGUAAAAGAGUGUGUCAGCCAAGACCAAAUGCAAUUAAAGUUCAGAUCUUCUGGUCUAUCCAGAAGAGAAAAAACUCAGUUUGGUUUUGAUGAGAGUGAUGUGGGUCAAGAUGGAUCAGAGAGUGAGAACUCAAGCACAAGGACCUCUAGAAAGAGCAAAAGGAAACAUGAGAAAAGAUCAAGAAGGAGAUCAUUGGUCGAAAACCUAGGCCUUAUGGAUAUUGGAUACCUGAUAUAUUAUCACAAACCAUGCAAAAGUCUCUCAGCUCAUAAGCAUAGGACUCAUUUUCACAGAAAGCACCAUAAGCCUUUUCUAGAAGAAAUUCCCCCACCAAGUUGUGAUGGCCAGAAGAGACUGAUGCUAAACGGUUUCUCAGAAGAAGGGAUGGUUAUACAGUCAAGUCAACGCCAAGAUGGCACAAGAAGACAAGUUUUCAACUUUAGAAUGAGUGGCUGCAGCUUGAACCAGCCUUGUUACUUUUGCCUUUACAAUGAUGGAGACUAUUUGGAACCUCCAUCACUGAAGAAAAAGAGAGGGAUAACAGAUACACAUGUUCAACAACGAGUUCUGCAUGAUGAGUGUUGCCAUUGCCAACCCUUUUGGGAUGAUGAAUUGAACCAAGGAAAGGAAUCGGUUACCAUCCCUCAGAGUGAAAGUAAUGCAGCUGAAUGUCGUGCAUUCAACUACUCAGAUUGCGUAGGUGGUAAGAGAAACAAUGAAACAAAAGAUGAAAUAGCUGCUUCUCCUGAAGUUUCCAAUGGAAGGACCAGUUGGUCCUCAACAAGAAUAGAAACAGAAGCUACCUAUUCAAGGGCCAUGACCAUACCGCAAGAGAGGCACCAAAACGGCAAAGACAUGUUAAGGACAUAUUCUUGUCAUUAUCAACAUCCUAACCAUGUUCAUCCUAAGUUGCCAGACUAUGAUGAAAUAGCUGCUAAGUUCACUGCUCUCAAGAGAGAACGCCUGGAAAACAUGAACUGCAGCGGGGACCCAAAACAAGUAUUGGAGGCAUAAAAAAACAUCAUUUGUACAGUGCUGCUACCUAUUAAAUUUUGAAUCACCAAUUCAAAUAGCUUUCUGUGAUUGUUUUUUUCUAUCACCAAAUAUUCUUUUGCAUUAUUCAUCCAUGUAAGAUCACAAUGGUUAAUGUUUACUGGCAGUAAGAAAUAUGAGAAGGUUUGCAAUCAGUUUA